AUGGAUCCGGGUGCAGUAUUCCAUGUUCAUCCAUGUAGAGAAGCAAUGAUGCAUGAUUUCAAGUCUUAUGGGGAAAUUUCAGCUCGCUUCUAUGCCAAAGAAGCUGUUCCCAAAGGGCUAAAGGGUGAUGAAAUGUUGAAGGGGAUUUUCUUUGAUGUAAAGAAGAAAUUUGAGACAGCAAUUGGGAUUCUCAGAAAAGAGAAAAUCACAAUUGAUCCUGAAGAUCCUGCAGCUGUUUCUCAGUAUGCUAAGGUCAUGAAAACCAUAAGAGAAAAGGCGGAUUUGUUCUCAGAGUCUCAAAGGAUUCAAUACACAAUCAAGACACGAACUGAUGGAAUCCAAGAUGCCCGAUCUUAUUUGUUGGCAUUGAAGGAGAUUCGUCUCAAGAGAGGGCUUACUGAUGAAAUAGGUGUAGAGGGUAUGAUGAUGGAAGCACUUGAGAAAGUUGAGAAAGAACUUAAGAAGCCACUUAUGAGAAAUGACAAGAAGGGUAUGGCUCUCUUGAUGACAGAGUUUGAGAAAGUUAAUCAGAAGCUUGGGAUCCGUAAAGAAGAAUUGCCUAAAUAUGAAGAACAGUUGGAGCUAAAAAUUGCAAAAGCACAACUUGAAGAACUGAAGAAAGAAGCUCAUGAAGCAAUGGAUACACAGAAGAAAAGGGAGGAGUUUAAGGAUGAGGAAAUGGUGGAUGUGAAGUCUCUGGAUAUUCGAAACUUCAUAUGAAGAAGCAUAUUAGCAUCUCUACUGAAAUAAUUUAUGAUUUUGAGUGAUCUAUUUGUGAUUUUUGAGGGGUAUGAUGAUGUAUUACUUCUGUUUUAAUCAAAACCUUCAUAGAAGGAAUAAAAAUAUUGUUAAAUUGCAUAUGGAAUGCAAGAAAGGUUGGUCGAAUGAAUAGACCAUUUUUUUUUUAAUCAAGUGUGAUUAAUACUUAUUUUGGUGUACAAUAAGUUUUUCUGAAAUGUGACGCAACACCUUUUUCAUAGACGAAUUACCCAC